ACAGUACUACCUCGGUUUGACCGUGCUUUUAGGCAAAUUCGGAGAUGCUCCUCGAGUAGACUCAAUUCCGAUUCGACAUGCUGAAAUGCACCUGGUUAAUAUCAUACAGACAUUUGACAGAAAUAAGGGACAAAUAUAAAUCAAACUCCCAGGUGAAAGCUGUCGCGGUUAAAGUGGUUGUCCUGCCAUUCUAUACUUGAAACAGCAGCGAGACACGGUGGAUCCCCCAAUCAACGUCAUAUCUCUGGCGCACCGGUGUUUUCUAUUCUCGGAAGAACAUCUAUAUUGCCUUUAUAUCCAAAGGGUUUAGCCUGAUACUAUAGUAUGUUCUGACAGGUUGGUCCGUGGUUGUGUGGAUUAAAUGAACCUGCCCAUGUAUAUGGAACAGGGUCAGUUCACCAUGGAUGUCACCUCUGGUGUAUAUAAAGGCCUAUCCUGUAUGCUUUAUAAUGUCUUUUCUCGCUUCUGUUCAAGCAUAGCAUACAUCUGAAGUCGCGAAAAUGGUCCAUCUUUCUUCCAUCGCAACAGCCCUGGCGGCUGGUCUCCUGCCCCAACUCGCAAAUUCAGCCGGUCUCAACACCGCCGCUACAGCCAAAGGCCUCGACUACUUCGGAACAGCCACCGACAACCCCGAACUCACAGACAACACCUACAUGACCCAACUCAACAACACCGAUGACUUUGGCCAGCUCACCCCCGGAAACUCCAUGAAAUGGGAUGCCACCGAGCCGUCCCAGAACAGCUUCAGCUUUGAGAAGGGAGAUGCCAUUGCUGAUCUGGCUGAGGCGAAUGGGCAGAAACUGCGGUGCCAUAAUUUGGUGUGGUAUCAGCAGUUGCCUAGUUGGGUGUCUGGGGGUUCUUGGACGAAUGAGACGCUUACGGAGGCUUUGAAGAAUCAUAUUACGAAGGUGGUUACGCAUUAUAAGGGGAGGUGUUAUGCUUGGGAUGUUGUUAAUGAGGCCCUCAACGAUGACGGCUCAUACCGCGAAAAUAUCUUCUACCAAAAUAUCGGCGAAGCGUACAUCCCCAUCGCCUUCGAAGCCGCGGCGGCCGCGGACCCCGAUGUCAAGCUCUACUACAACGACUACAGCAUCGAAUACGGCGGUGACAAGGCAAACGCCGCUGAGAAAAUUGUCAAGAUGGUCCAGUCAUACGGCGCCAAGAUCGACGGCGUUGGUCUUCAGGGCCAUUUCACUGUCGGCCAGACACCCAGCAAGAAAGACCUUGCUAGUACUCUGAAGUCGUACACCGCGCUUGGUGUUGAAGUCGCGUAUACUGAGAUGGAUGUCCGUAUGGAGACGCCGUCUAGUAGCGAUAAGUUGUCGCAGCAGUCGACGGACUAUGCGAGCCUUGUUGGGGCUUGUGCGGAGACGGAGGGAUGCGUUGGUAUUACGAUUUGGGAUUGGACUGAUAAGUACUCGUGGGUGCCGGAUACCUUCUCUGGCUAUGGUGAUGCUUGUCCUUGGGAUGAGAACUAUGAGAAGAAGCAGGCGUACAAUGGUAUCCUGAAUGCGCUUGGGGGUUCGUCCAGUGCUAGGAAGAGCAGGAAGAUGCGCCGAAGCCUGAUCAAUCGAGGCUACUGA